AUGAAUGAAGAGGAAAGACAUAACAUUCGUAAACUAUGUGAGGAAUACAAGGAUAUAUUUUAUUGUGAACGGAUAACUUUGAGUUUUAGUAAUCAGGUUAAACACUUCAUUCGGACUAAAAACGAGGACCCUAUAUUCACAAAACCUUACAGACUAGCCCCCGUCCAAGUAACAGAGAUAAACAAGCAGGUCGAUAAACUUCUAUUAGAUAAUGUAAUUCAGGAAUCUUUCUCCCCAUGGAAUUCUCCCGUACAUCUUGUUCCAAAAAAGGCUGAUGCUUCGGGCGAAGUUAAAUACAGAAUGGUCAUAGAUUACAGAAGGCUAAAUGAAAUUACAAUUUAUGAUAAGUACCCCCUUCCAAAUAUCGCAGACCUUUUCGAUAAACUAGGUAAGAGCACUUACUUUUCGACACUCGACCUGGCCAGCGGCUAUCACCAAAUUGAACUUAAUGAAGAUGACCGACAGAAAACUGCCUUCAGCACCCAAAAUGGACACUAUGAGUUCCUGAGGAUGCCAUUUGGAUUAAAGACAGCCCCCGCCACCUUUCAAAGGGCUAUGAAUAACGUCUUAAGAGGGUUGCAAGGAAUCCAUUGCCUUGUGUACCUUGACGACGUUAUUAUCUUUUCCGCUAGUCUACAAGAACACAUGGAGAAACUCCGUACAGUUUUUGACCGACUUAGAAAGACUAACAUGAAAAUACAAUUAGACAAAUCUGAAUUUUUCCGAAAAGAAGUUUUAUAUCUUGGACACACCAUAACUAAAGACGGACUGCGACCAAACGACGACAAAAUUAAGGUAAUACAGAAUUAUCCCCUUCCUAAGACAACCACCGAAAUCAAAAGUUUCCUUGGGCUGGUUGGAUAUUAUAGAAAAUUUAUAAAGGACUUUGCGAAAAUCACACAGCCCCUAACAUCGUGUUUAAAGAAAAGGAAUAAGAUAAAUAUAGACCAAAAUUAUAUAGAUGCUUUUCAUAAAUGUAAAGAAAUAUUGACCAGUGUCCCACUACUACAAUACCCUGAUUCGACUAAACCGUAUAUAUUAACUACCGACGCUUCGAAUGUAGCUCUUGGUGCAGUAUUAUCACAAGGACCAAUAGGGUCAGAUAAGCCUAUUGCAUAUGCCAGCCGCACACUUAGUGACACCGAGUCACGAUACAGCACAAUAGAGCGCGAACUUUUAGCCAUCAUUUGGGCUGUAAAGCAUUUUAGGCCCUAUUUGUAUGGACAAAAAUUUCAAAUUUAUACAGACCAUAGACCCCUUGCUUGGCUCUAUUCCCUUAAGGAGCCUAACAGCAAACUAACACGCUGGCGUUUGCGUCUUCAAGAAUACGAUUUUACAAUCAUCUAUAAAAACGGCAAACAAAAUACCAAUGCUGAUGCCUUGUCUCGCAUAAAACUUAAUGCUUUAGACGACGCAUCAAUGGAUGUUAAUGUAGAUGACGAUGACAUACAAAAACAAAUUAGGGCAGACCUUAGAGAUUGCAAGUCGACAAACCACUGA